GUCAACUCAUAAUUCAUAUCUACCAACAACACAUUUAAACUUGUUUCCUCAUCACCAGCCAGUCAUACAACAACUCAGCAUUGUUUAAUAUAGAGAGAGACAGAUGCAAAAAUGGUCUUCAGAACAACACAAAGUGUGCUGGUGUUUGUUCUCUGGUCAGUAACUAUGGCAAAAGACUGUGGCCAGAAAACCCAGGUGGUGGUGUCACCAAUUGUUUCCAAGAAGGGAGAGUAUGUAACACUGACCUGUGUCACCAACUGUACUCUGACCAACGCUACCUACAUCUGGUACAGAAACGGUCAACGUCUAGAUGAGCCUACUUCCAGGCAACUCUCAGUAAUAAGUUAUUAUACAUCCAGUUUCUCCUGUUCUGUGAAAGACCAUGAGGAUCUCCAAUCUCCUACAAUGUGUGUUCUGGGUAGACAAUGUUUCAACGUGACUUAUACCCGUCAGAGUAUCUGUGCCUUGAAGGGCUCAGUGGUGGAUCUACCCUGCAAGUAUCAAUAUCCAAAUAAUAAAAAAUUAUCUUGGUCAAACUGGUAUAUCCAAGAGAAACAUGAUGAGGCGCCAACAAACCUGGGUUCAUUGCCAGAGUAUUCAGGUCGUGUGAAGUACCUUGGAGAUAAUGUGAGUAACUGUACCCUGAGAAUCACAGACCUGAGAGAGACUGACUCAGCUGAGUACAAGUUCAGAUUUAAAACUAGGAAUACAGAGUGGGGGUACAGCUUCCCUGGAACUACUCUGACUGUUACAGACCUGCAGGUGAAGGUGACUCCUGGAAAACGGAAAACUAAAACUUUGACCUGUAGCACAUCCUGUCCUCUAACUGACAACUCCAACCUCACAUAUGUCUGGUACAAAAACGGACAACAUCUCACCCACCAAAAGACUGUGACUAGUUACCUGAUCCUCGACCCUGACAGCACUGAGGAUAGAGGCAGAUACUCCUGUGGUGUCAAAGGCCUUACGAAUGUCCUCUCUCCUGAAUUAUCUUUAGGGGAACAAUCAGUUACAACUGGUACAGUUGUAGGAAUCACAUUAGUUGUUGUGAUUCUAAUUCUCCUUCUCUCUGGCUUCAUUUGGUUCAGGAAGAAGGCCUCCAAAUCCACCUCUGUCGGGCAAGACAAAGCAGUGAUUGUACAGAGUGUCCAUCCUGACUCUAACAGUAACACGUACGCAACUCUGAACAUGAGGAACCUGUCCACUGACGACACUCUGGCGAGUGUCCAUCCUGACUCUAACAGUAACACGUACGCAACUCUGAACAUGAGGAACCUGUCCCCUGACUACGAAACGCUGGCAAGUGUGAGAAACUCCCAGAAUGACGAAGACCGUCAGAAAAUCUCGGAUUAUGAGAACUGUGGAGAACCACCACGGAACCUGGACUGAAGAGAACCACCACAGAACCUGGACUGACGAAUACAACCAGGGACCUUGACUGUGGAGAACCACCACAAAACCUGGACCGCAGAGAACCAACAAAGAACCAUGACUGAAGAGUACUUGAGUCAGUGACUAAUAUGGAGAAAACUGACAGUUUUUACAAUGCAAGGUUCUAAGACCUGGUGAUCCAUGCGUUUUAUAUUACUGUAAGAAAGGCUGAGUUAAAUGAUGGGUUGUAGAUGUGAUUGUUCACUGGCCUUUUAUGUACAGGUUCAAUUAAUGUUUUUGGUGUAGCAAAUGUUCUUUCUAAUUCUAAGAUCAUUAAGUAUUGACCAUUUUAACUGGUGUGGAUCCACCCCAAUGUAUUAAACAUAAUGUUACAGUUUCAGAAUUCGAAUACAUGCAUUGUAUUCGAAUCUAUUACUAAAAGGAAUACAUGCAUUGUAUUUAUGAUCUAUUUCUCAAAUGAAUAUUAACUGUUUGAAUGUAUUACGUUGAGCCUAUCAAGUAGUUAACCAACCAUGACUUUUAAUGAGAAACAAUCUGACAACAUGAUAAACUAAGACAAACAGAGGAGGAAAAAUGAAAAAACAGCAGAGGAUGUGGAUGUGUGUGUCUCAUAUUUCUUUACUAUUAAAAGUCUGUCAUAGGACAUUUAUAACAACAUUGUCACUAUUGUGGUCGAUAGCGACAAUGAACUCAUCCCCCCAAUAAACAAUACAAAACUACACUGUUGUGCUUAACUCCUGUGGGGGACAAG